UCCUGUCAAAGGAGCCUCAAAUAUUUAGCGGCACCGAAUGGCGAAGUAGCCCAUGUGUCAACACCAUCAUCUUAAUUAAAGCAACAGCAUUAUUGUUCAAUCAGCAGACAGAAAAAGUCUAUGCACAUAGUCCAAACUUGCACCUAACAUAAACUUCCCGGAAUUCUAUCUUGAAGGUUCUAUUUGGAAGAGAAAGGUUUUCCUUGUCAUACAGGGCAACCCACGUGCUUAUUACAUAUUGGAUUUUCUUUCUUUUCUUUCUUGGCUUGUUUUAAUAUCGACACAAGGGGAGAUAAGGGACCAAGAAUUUCAUACAAGCUUGGGAGUUGUGAGAUCUUAUCUACUUUAGAGAAUGUUUUUGUACCACUAGAUGGUUUCAGCUGAAAGAAGUAAAGAAUGAUAACAAGACGAGUUUGGUAUGCUCUUGAAGAACAAAUAUGAUAGAAGAAUAUCGUAAGGAAAGAUGAAAGUCCAUAAAUAGAUUUUGUACAGUAUUUAUACAUCCCAUGCACUGAGUUAAUGGAUGAAGUACCUGGCUCCUUGGGCACCAGCGCUAGCUUCAGUCUGAGAAUGGGCCAGACCAUGUUCUCAUCUGCUUCCCUUCUCUUCAUGUCUUUUGGGGUUGAAUUCUACAGCUACACGGCUUUCUGCUAUUUGGUGACAAUUAUGGGGUUGGUCAUACCGUGGAGUUUCACAUUAGCACUAGUAGAUGGAUAUUCGGUUCUGCUCAAAUGCCCCAUUCGUCAACCAGGAAUUCUGCUGAUUAUUGUUGUGGGAGAUUGGGUACUAUCAACCCUCACACUAGCAGCAGCUUCCUCAACAGCUAGUGUUGUGGAUCUUCUGCUCAACACUCACGGGUCUUUUUGCCCUCCAAAGCUCUGCAGCAGGAGCAAAGUACCCCUUGAGUCCAAUGAAUGUCACGCUCAACUUCAUAGCAGAUACAAGAUUGUAAAAUACUAAAAUGUAAAGAUGGCACACUGCAGUUCUACGGUUUGGUAAUUCCCUUCCCCGUACAGGAAUUGAACACUGAUAAUGUAUUUCACCAUCAACACUUGCCACCUAGUCCUCUGGUGGCCUUGUUGAGAAUUUGCGGUGAUAUAUAGAACCAACAAACAAAAUAAACAGUUAAAUUUUCGAAGUACAGCUUCAUCCUGAACUGAAACCUGAUCACAAAUAUAGCCUUUCUUCAUUCAUAAAAACACCAAAGCAAGUUUCAGAAUUGAACACAUUAAAUUGAAGUACUACUGACACGAGUAUACCGGUUUUUAUCAAGCCAGUGUGUGCAUUGACUUAUUGUCAUUCCCUGUACCAUUUAAAAAUCCAGUUUGACAUCCAAAACCGUGGGAAUAUACACAAGUUAAUGGAGUUAACUGCAGCCGAUUCGCUAAGAACAAAACUUCAUAGAAAGUGUGCAAGACUUGCGUUUAAUUGGCUGCGUUGUUUCGGGGAAUGAUGCCAACUAUAUUAAGUUCGAGAAAUUAUUAUAUGAUUGUGAACUGCUAAAGGUUUAUGUCUUGACCAAUCUUGAAACAGCAUAUAAUUGAAAUUUUCAAUUAAAGAUAAAAAGUAAAUAGCACAUUCAAUUAUACAGAAUAUGGAUAUCGGUCAAAAUUAUAGCGGUCAGCUUUUGGCAAACUGAUUAUCUAUAGAGAACCGCCAUUAUGAAUGGAGCCUGAGAACAAAACCAGAUCAGGAUAUAGUUCUUUCAUUGAUGUCCUCAGAACCUUACUAGAAAAUCAUUUUCACUGGAAGAGGCAAACUACUAAAGUUAUUGUUCAUUUAGCUCUGUAUCCCAUUUUGGAGCAUUUCUUUCCUCAAAGCUCUUGCCAUUUCUUCGUUCCCUUGUCGAAUGUAUCCAUCAACGAAAGCACCAUAAACUUCAGAUUUCGGUUGGAAACCUUUUCCUACCAUCUCUGCCUGAAGUUUCAACGCUUCUUCCAUUCUCCCCUCAAAACACAGUCCCUUUAUCAACACCUCAUAACUCUUUUCCCUUGGAAUUAAAUCAAAUUUACUAACUGCGCGCCUCACAAACUCCAGAGCUUCCUGAACCCUACCCUUAUCGCAAAGCAAACUAACCAUCAUGUCAAGGGUUGAAGAAUCAGGCCUUAAAUCCCUCCUAGACAUAUCCUCAUAAACCAGAACAACUGAAUCAACAUCCCCAACACUGAAAUAUCCCUUCACAAGAUGCUCGUAAGUUGAAGCAGUGGCCUCAACACUCGCCAAUUCCAUUUCCCUGAAAAACUCUUCAGCCCUAACAACAUCUCCAAUCUUGCAAAACCCACCAAUAAUAGUAUUAUAACUAACAACAUCAGGCUCCAUUUUCUCAUUUCUCAUUUCUUCCCACAACUUUUCUGCAUACCCCAUUUUCCCUUCCUCACAAAAAGCGGCCAUCAACACACUGUAGCUAUAAGCAUUGGGUUUACAGUUACUUCUCAUUUCCUUCCAAAUUUCCUCUAUCCUUUCCACUAAACCAUCUUGGUAACAGCACAGCAUCAACUCAUUAUAAGUAUGGACGUUGGGUGUGACUCUUAAACCACAACCCCUUCUCGAAAUUUCAUUUUUUUCCUCAUCCAACCGAAAGAACUCGCGGUAAAUUGCAUACCCUGCAUCCACCCCUCGACUUCUACAAACCCCAGUAAUCAAAGAAUUCAAGGUGCUAACUUUAGGGCUAAUCCCGCGAGAGAGCAACAUUCUAACGAUCUCAAUAGAAGGGUCAACCUUUCUGGAAUCCAAACACGCCUUGAUCAACAAAUCGAAGACGAAGGGAGCGGAGCCAGAAUCCCGAUAGGUCUUAACGAGGGUUUCGAAAAGGUUCAGAGACGGCGAGGCAAAACGACAAUUUAGGUCGUGGGUCUGGUCGGAAACGCGAAGUGCCGUUCGGAUGAGGUGGUAAGCGUGUGAGGAGAGGCGCGCACGCGCAAGGAGGUGGACGAUGGAAGCGUAAGAGGCGAGGUUAUGGUGGCAGAGGGAUUUGGAUUUGGUCCAUAGGAAGAAGCGAAGAGCAAGUUGGGGUUUGUUCUUGAGGUGAAGGAUAAUUUGGGAAAACUCAUGGGGGUCUAUGCCGUUGGGACACGCCGAACGGAGAUUGCUCCACCGUGACUUGGAACGGUGAUUGAUAAGGAUUGUAACCACUUUUGUUACUAAACUCUGGGAGUCAUGGUUUGAACAAGAAGAAGAAAAAAACAGAGCCCAUGCUUUGGGUCUCAAGGUUUGCGAAAACUGUUCAAGGACUUGAAUCGCCAUUCUCUUCUCUGGUCUGAAAAAUCGUUUUCCAUAAAAAAAGAUGUCGUUUUUAUUACUGUUACUUUAUUUGGGGAAAAGAUAAAACUACUAUAUAGAUCUAGCAGAGGCAUUCUGUGAGAUCCCAAAAUUUUAUUAAUAGAUAUUUUUAUUAUUUCUUAA